AUGAGAAAUCAUGAUUUGGCAAUUGGUUUCAACGAAGAACCAUUCGAUAAUUUUCGGCAUUUCAAUGAUAUUCUGAAGGUCGAAGAGGAAAAUUUGUGUCAGCCAUAUGUAAUUGGUUCAAGACAAUUCGAUUUGCUUGAACUGACUGCUCCAAUGAUAUGUGUCUACACAGAAAUAAUAAAACGAGAAGAGCUUUUAAAUGGAACGAUAUUAGUGGAUGCAUCAAAAAAUGAAACUAACAUUGAGCCAGGAAUACCAACUAGAAUAGAUUUUGAGCAGUUUGUUGUUUUCUGCCGAGAUCCAUCAGGCUAUCAUUUUUAUAACAAAACAUGGUUCAAUUUUCAACCGAAACUCGAAAAAUUGGAAUUUCGAAAAUCCCAGAAAACCGAUGGAUUGAUGGUUCUUAUUGUAACUGGAAUGUCUCAUAAUCAAGCAAUGCGUCAUCUCAAAAGAACCUUCAGUUUUGCUUCCAAACACAACUUUUUGUCAUUUUCAAUGUUUAAUCAGAGGUCCAUAGAUAACUGGGAGAAUUCAAUGAAAUUGUUUAGAACAUGGAGAAAACCGAGAUGUGUUACGUUUCUGCAUUCUGACUCCGAUAGAAUCUCUAAACAUUUUGGGGAUAAAUUUGAUUUCCAUUCACAACUCUACAACAAUUUUAAUCGUAAAUAUCUGGGUCAUGUGGAUAACUGUAUCACAGAUGGACGUGUUACUGUAGAAGAUGCAGUUUCGUUAUGGGUCAAUUCAACGAAAGCUUUUCACAACAAGAAGUUUUGUCAUUUUUCUCUUCUUCAUCUCGAUGAUAUCGCUUCUCCUCUUGAUGGAACAUUGGUGAAUCUGGAUGAAGUAUUAAGGGAUUCAUUUCAAGAUUUGUUUGACGAAGGGAUUCUUGCAAACACGACAAUUAUAGUUUUAAGUGGUGGAUCCAAGAAUAGCACUGUAUAUAAAACGGAAAGUGGAAAGAUAGAAUCAAAAUAUGGUCUGUUUCUGAUUAGACCAUCUGACCGGCUCCGAACAAAAUUUCCAGGAAAAAUUAGCAGUUUAUCCAAGAACGUAGACAGGUAG